UGCGAGUGGCCUAGGUCUCGGCAGGGCCUUGGCUGCCUCUCCUUGCCCCCCUUGGAGACGAGCUCACUGGGAAGCCAGGGGACGCCUAAAGCCUCAGUACGAUGCCGUGGUGAUAGGAGCAGGAGAAUAUUCUCUCCGGGUUUUGUGCAGUUUGCCGCAAAACAGCUGCAGACAGCGUACUGUCAGGUUUCAUCUGCAUCGUUAGCAUUUUAUCCAUCGCUUUCUUAUAUCGAACCGUCAACAAAUACCAUCAAGCCCUGAGGUGUACUAUUCGCUGCCUUCUGUGGUGCCCUUCGUGUGAGCUGUGCCCUUUGUCAAGUUGCCAGCGUGGGGUGGCUGCACGUGCACUAGGGAGAGAGGCACAGGCCCUGACGGGUGCUCGGAGGUAAAGAACCGCAAGAGCAUAAGUCAUUGUAAAUUGUGGAAAAACGAUGAGGAAGUGACAAGUUUUGAGUAUUUAUUACCUUUGUUUUUAAUGCAAUUUAUUUAUUUCACUGUAAGUUUAUAGACUCUAAAUUUAUUAAUGGCUGCGUUAGACGACUGUCACAAACCUCCUGGCCGGGGUGGAGGGAUGCCAUCUCCGCACCCCGCUGAUUGGGCUCAGGAAAUGGAAGCUCCCCACCACUGCCCCUGUUUUUCUCCCCUUGGUGACAAUGCAUCCCUGCUGUUUCCUGGAAGGGAGGAUUGACUCCAGGUCACCAGGGGCCUGGGUGACUUGCCCACACGUGUCUGAGUCUCAGGUGUUUUUCCUUGAUGUAGUUUAAUUGCUAAGCAUUAAGGGAAGCCCAUUUAGGGCAUUUGGGGGCCAAGUAAGGAACAGUGGCAUUUUCUGAGAGCCACCUUGAAGAUGACCCUGAUUAGUCACUUGACCAUGCCUAAGAAUGACCCAAGAAGCUUGUUAAAAUGAAGUUCCUGGGCCCUAGCCCAGGAAUUAGGAUUCAGGGAAAGUCAGCACAUCCAACCAGAAUUUGGAGUGGGUCUGAUGCAGGUGGCUGCAGGCCCCACUUGAGAACCCAGGUUUGGAGCAGCUUCUCUUGGGAUCCCCACAUGCCUGGCUGUAAGGAUCUCUGGAGUGAGGCUGGAGAUGAUCAGAGCCUGCAGCUUAAGACCCCCACAGGGGAAAAGGAGAGAUCUCCAGAAGCCCCAAGAGGGCUCUGGCAGGAGUGGGGAUGGAGUGGUGGAGGGAUGAGGGGCGUGGGUUGUUGGAAUAUCGACCUUUGUCAUUUGAGAUCUAUGUGUGCAUCUGUGGGCUCAGGUGUGAUGGUUGAACUGGACCCAGUUGCCAGGAAGGCUUUAUUAGUUUUUCAAGAUUUAUGAUCAGCACUAUUUAAGAAACAAAUAGUUACCAUUUAUCGUGGGUCUGCUGAGAGUCAGGUGCUUUACAUAUAUUAUUGGUUAUUCUUGCUCCAUCACUGCAAGAAGCAUGAAGUUCGAGGCUGGCCAGAAUGACUCUCUGAGGGCCACAUCCUGUAAAUAGCAGGAGCCAGGUUGAGCCCGGGACAGUUGGCCUUUAAUUUAAUGUAUAUAUUUGAGACCAGGCCUUUCCAAACUGCGGGCUGCAACCCACUGAUGAAUCCCAUCCAGCAAAGCUUUUAAACCUUAAUUAAGAAACUUUUCAAAAGUAUAUAAAAAUAGUAGAUCAACCAGUCUUUUUAAAUGAAAUAUAAUCAAAUAUAUCAUCAUAUGCUUAUCGCAUGGUGAGUUAAUAUGAGUUCAUGAAACUUUCAUUUCUGUGAAAUACAUUUAUGUGGGAUGUGUGCCAGGUCAUAGUGUAAAACACACUUCUUCCUGUGGCUCAUGGUCAAAGAGGGUUGAAGAACUCUAUUUCAGAGAUUCUUUUAAUGGAAGAGAUGUUGGCUCAGUGACCUCUAAAAUUCUGGGUGUCUCUAUGUGGAAAAUACAAAACAAAGUCAGCUCAGCCGUGAAGAAAUCCGUCAUGUGGGUCAUUGCUGCCUCCUAUUUAUGGGUGUUUGUCAAAUUAAUGGCUGAACAUUUUAUUUGAGUGAACACUGGGUUCAGGUUGGUGCUCAGAGAACAUAGUCUUCUGCUGACAUCUUUGAAGACUCAGAGUGACCUUCUGUCACCAAGGAGAAACACGUGCCAAGUGUUCCAGACAAGACCUGUCCCCACUACCUGAAAACAACAAACAAGCCUGUCCUCUUCCCAACAAGGGAUUCUCCACAAGCAGCUGCAUUGUAUCCUGAGAGUGAGGCCAGAGGAGACACUCCCAGCCCACUGGCCAUGCUUGACCACCUGCAUCCGAAUCACCUGGGGGCUUGGGAGAAAUCCAUCCCAGGUCCCUGCCUGCCCGCUGCUGAGCAGACUCCAGGGAGGGGUUAUGAAUCAUUGUUCAUACGAGUUCUCAGGUGAUCCUGAAGCUUCUCAAAGCAGGAGAGGCGCUUACUAGCAGUAGACCUGGUAUGGAACAGGGAAUCCCAAGCUGAAUUUAGGGCACCUAACCCAGGGGCAAAAAUCCUGAGAUUUUUGACAAGAAACUUAAUAUGGAAGAUAGAUAAAUUCACCCAAUCAGCUGGCACUCCGUUAGCACACGUUGAAGCUGUAUGUGUUUAAUUACUUCAUUUUGAAUUGUUCCUAUUUUAUUUGGAGAACAUUGGUGAUUGACAAAGACAAAACCAUGUGACUAAAGCCUUCUGGGUGCUAACGUGCACCACAUUUGGAGAGAACAAGCCGUGUUUGUCAGCAGCUGUCCACAUGCCCAGCAUGCACCUGGAUGGUGAUUUCAUGCCAGACAAGGAGGUCCAGCACCAGCCUUCCAGCCAUGCUUCCCUUCUGUUACCACCAAGUAAACUGUGAUGCUCCCUCCACCAGCCACUUGCUCGUCCCCAAGCUAUGGAAGCCCAGCAAUGCUUCAUGGGAUGGAUAGCUUUGUCUGAUGAUUGUGGAUUUCUCCUCACCCCUCACUCCAGAUGGAGCCACAGGCCAGGGCAGGGUGACAGGACUUUUUUCAAGCUGGAGCAGGAACAGGGUUUUCUGAAUCCCUAGAGACCAGGUGUUUUAUGGCAUCAAGCUAGAUGCUGUUGCAACAUCCAGGUACAGGUGGGGAGUCCCAUGCCCAACUUUCUGAUUCCUCCCCAGGAUCUUCAGGGGGCAUGGGGACAGGGAUGGGUGACAUAUUCCCCAAGGAGUGUGUCUGCUCCUUGACCACUGGUGCUUUCCUCCUCUGCCUUGUCUCAUUGCAGGACACAACGGGCUGGUGGCUGUGAGUACCUUCCCCUCUGUCCCGCUUCACUGGCCCCUGGACACGCGGUGUUGGCCAGAAUGGGAGGAAGUGGGCAGGGUGCAGCCCCAAGAGAGACGGGGAGGCGGCUCGUCUCCUCUCCCUGGCGCUGACCAGUGGCUAUCAAAUGGGGAUCAGCAGUAGUCAAGGAGGAAAGCAGGAGCUCCCUUUCCUCUCCUUUUCUUACUGUAUGUGCAUUUCCCCGUGACUUUGGGAGAGUCAGGGGGCUUUCAGAAGCAAGAUGAUCAAGAGGUGGGAAAGUAUGUAACUGGCAUGGCCGGGGACAUGUGUUAGAGCCUGGGAAUCUGGGGCUGGUUGGGGCCUCCAUGCCCCCAGCUAGGUCCAGACCAUGUGCCAACCUGAAGCACCCAGCAGCUACACAGCCCCAGGUGUACCCCAGAGACGACCACGAAGCCAGUCUAACAGAGGAGGGAGGGCCCUGCCUCCAACACCACGGGCUCCUACGUCCAAAGCUGAGCCAGGCAGGGUUAUCCUAAGGCUGUGCUUCUCAAACUCUGGUCCCAGUACCCCUACGAGGCCAUAGUAUAUGCUAGACAGUGUUCACAAAACAAACAUGGAACAUUUCCCUGAGGCAGUGGCGGCUCUAGAAUAUCAAUAACAGGAGGAGUCGGCAAGGUCGGGGAAGGCAGGCUCUGAGACGUGUGUUAAAUCUUGCUUCUCUCCCUGACAUGAUAGUUUUACUUGAACAUUUUAUGGGGAGCAUCAUGUAACUCAACUGAUCAGUAAUUUAAAACAUUGAUUUUAUGUUAAUAUAAACAUGGUUCGUCCCCCAGCUCUGCCACUUUCUAUGUGUGAGUCACUUUAGGCUCCUGAGCCAGGGUGAGAUGAGAACAAAACACUCCCUCUCACAGAGCUGCUGUGAGGCGAACAGACGAUGUGCUCCAAGGAGCUGCCACCCAAAGCCUCACAGAUGGGGACUCUUAUUACUGGAGGUCCCCAUCCCAAAGGAGGCUGGUGUCAGUGCCCUUCAGCCACAGACCCGGGCCCCCCAGGGGAACAGCCUGAAGUCCAGGAGGCCGCGUACCUGCAGAGAUUGGGGGUGAACACAGCAGUCUUCGAGAGACGUCCUGUGACAGGGGGUGCAGCUGUCACAGAGGAGAUCAUCCCAGGGUUUAAGUUCUCCCGAGCAUCCUACCUCCUCAGCCUGCUGAGGCCACAGAUUUACACCGACCUGGAACUGAAGAAACACGGGCUGAGGCUUCAUCUUCGAAACCCCUACUCCUUCACCCCAAUGCUGGAAGAGAGCAUGGGGAGCAAGGUGCCCAGGUCCCUUCUUCUGGGCACAGACAUGGCGGAAAACCAGAAGCAGAUUGCCCAGUUUUCACGGAAGGAUGCCCAGGCCUUUCCCAAAUAUGAGGCAUUCAUGAAUCGGUUGGCUUUAGCCAUAGACCCACUGCUGGAUGCAGCCCCCGUGGACAUGGAGGCCUUCCAGAGGGGUUCCCUGUGGCAAAGGCUCCAGUCGCUCACCACACUCAAACCCCUGCUGCAGGCAGGUCGCAUACUGGGAGCCCAGCUGCCCCAGUAUUACCAGGUCCUCACAGCUCCAAUUAUAAAGGUGCUGGAUCAGUGGUUUGAGUCUGAGCCUCUAAAAGCCACUCUGGCCACGGAUGCUGUGAUUGGAGCCAUGACAAGUCCCCACACUCCGGGGAGUGGGUAUGUGCUGCUACAUCACGUGAUGGGGGGUCUGGAGGGGAUGCAGGGGGCCUGGGGCUAUGUCCAGGGUGGCAUGGGUGCUCUCUCUGAUGCCAUCACAAGCUCAGCCACCGCACAUGGAGCAAGCAUCUUCACUGAAAAGGCAGUGGCUAAAGUGCUGGUGAGCAGUGAAGCACGCGUCCAAGGAGUUGUGCUGCAAGAUGGCUCGGAGGUGAGGAGCAAAGUGGUGCUGUCCAACGCAUCCCCACAGGUCACCUUCCUGAAGCUGACACCACAGGAAUGGCUUCCUAAGGAGUUCGUGGAGAGAAUCUCCCGGCUAGACACCAAGUCACCUGUUACCAAGAUCAAUGUGGCUGUCGACAGGCUGCCUGACUUCCUGGCGGCCCCCAAUGCUCCAGGGGGCCAGCCACUGCCCCAUCACCAGUGCUCCAUCCACCUGAACUGUGAAGACACACUCCUCCUCCACCAGGCUUUUGAAGAUGCCAUGGAUGGCCUGCCUUCCCACAGGCCUAUGAUUGAGCUCUGCAUCCCUUCCUCGCUGGACCCCACCCUGGCUCCCCCCGGCUGCCAUGUGGUCUCCCUCUUCACUCAGUACACCCCCUACUCGCUGGCCAGAGGCAAGGUGUGGGAUGAGCAGGAGAGAAACGCUUAUGCAGACAAAGUGUUCGACUGCAUCGAGGCCUACGCCCCUGGCUUCAAGGGCUCCGUGGUGGGCAGGGACAUCCUCACACCACCUGAUUUAGAGAGAAUCUUUGGGCUUCCCGGAGGUAACAUCUUCCACUGUGCCAUGACCCUGGACCAGCUCUACUUCGCCCGCCCCACGCCCCUGCACUCCGGCUACCGCUGUCCUCUCCGGGGCUUGUACCUCUGCGGAAGCGGCACCCACCCGGGAGGAGGCGUAAUGGGAGCCCCUGGACGCAAUGCAGCUCAUGUUGUCUUCAGAGACCUCAAGAGCAUGUGACCCUGAGCCAACUCUGACCCAAGAAUAAGAAUCCGUCCUGGAGAUUUUAAGUCCCCUUUGGGUCAGCUUCCCAGGAUAUGGCUGGAGGCAGACAAGCCCUCGUGCUCAAGCCACUGUUUUAGAAGAACCAUACAGGUUACAUCUGAUACUUGUUAACCUUGCACCCAUGACUUGGAUGAAUUGGUUUUGUUUUAUUAAAAACAGUGUUUUGUAUA